GAGAUCGAAAUUAUAAAUCCCUCACGAAUAUUAAGUCUGUUGCCUUCUGACGCCCGGCACCUAUCCGGCUAAUGUGCACUGUCAUGUACUCAGCCUCAGCAGAGCAUAGUACGGUGUAUGUUAAGCUGGUUACGGGAACCGCCAUAGCGUGGUCGCUGUCGCACGUUGGGUUAGACUUAACUGAGUCUCGGUCAAAUGGAUGGACGACUCAGAGGCAGUAAGUUGGGGUCAUCAAUGACAAGUCGGAUGAUUUUACUCACUCAUCCAGCCAGGAGUUGGAUCUUUAUGAUUUAAUUGGAACUCUGUUCCUAACCAAAGUAGUCUGCUUGUAAGACGUGCCUCAGCCAAUUACAAGUAUGGUGAAAAGGUGUCCUGGUCCGGUUGUAGUAAUAUUGUUCGCCCAACACCAGACCAAGAGCUGAGAGCCCGGCUCAUCAGUUGGAACUAUGUUCCUACCUAAAUAGUUGUCUUGUGGAGUAACGCCCAAGCGGAACGCAAGAUAAUGAAAUAUGGAUCUUGGCCCACUAGAGGUUUCACCGGAAAUCUCCGGAUCAAUAUCGAGGGUUAUUGAUUUGUUAAAAAUAGUGGGAGAUAAUUAAUUAAAGGCCUAAUUAAUUAUUAAACAUGAUAGAUAACCUAGUUUGCAAAAUUUUCUGUAGAUGGCAAACAACAACAACCCUUUCAACCUGUGUUACAUCCUGGAAAACAACAAGUUAUCCGGGACCAACUUUCUUGACUAGGAGAUGAACCUCCGAAUCAUUCUUAACUGUGAGAGGAAACUCUACAUCCUAGAAACGGAUCCUCCCAAGACCCCUGAUGCUAAUGCUCGUGCGUCCGAACUCACUUCCUUCAAGAAGUAUGAGGACGACGCGCGAGAUGUAAAGUGUAUCAUUAUGGCCAGUAUGACCGCGGAGCUCCAAAGGCUCCACGCGGACAUGGAAGUGCGUCCUAUGAUACAAUGCUUAAGAGACCUUUACCAGGGUCAACCCCAAAACUCAGGUAUUUAUGUUAUCGAAGUCAAUAUGUCUGAUAUCACCUCUUGGGUGAUGGAUACUGGAUGUGGUUCUCACAUCUGUACUUCUAUGCAGAACUUGCAUGAAUGUAGACAAUUGACGGAGGGAGAGAUACAACUAAAAGUCGGCAAUGGCGCACUCGUCUAUGCAUUGGCCAUCGGAACCUAUAGUUUAUCUCUACCUAGUGGUCUAAUAUUGCAUUUGAAUAAUUGUCUGUUUGUACCUAGUAUGAGCAGAAACAUCAUUUCUGUAUCCUGCCUUGACAAAGCAGGAUUUUCAUUCGUUGUAAAAGACAAAACUCUUUCUGUCUUUAGAAAUGAUAUAUUUUAUGCAGCAGCACACACACUCAACAGAGUUCCAUCUAAAGCUGUCGAGAGCACACCAUACAAACUAUGGCGUGGGAGAAAACCGAGUUUCUCGUACUUUAAGAUUUGGGGCUGUGAAGCUUAUGUAAAACGUCUCAUGACGUCUAGUAAGUUGGAGCCUAAAUCUGAUAAAGUAAUUUUUGUGGGAUACCCCAAGGAAACUAGAGGGUAUGAGUUCUAUCAUCCAUCCGAUAACAAAAUUUUCGUUGCUCGGAAUGGAAC